AUGGGACCUUUGACUCUGCUCCCGACCAUGGUGCUGUCCAUGUGCUGUCAUUUUCAGUUUGCAUCAGCUUGGACGGUGAAUAAUUUCCUCAUGACUGGACCUAAGGCUUUCCUCACCUAUGCCGGUAGUGUGCAAGUGGGCGCACAGAGUGGGAUGCAUGAGUGUAAGCACCAGUUCGCCUUAGAGAGGUGGAACUGCCCAGAAAACACGCUCCAGCUGUCCACGCACAACGGCCUCCGGAGUGCCACCAGAGAGACGUCUUUCGUCCACGCCAUCAGUGCAGCAGGAGUGAUGUACACGCUCACCAAGAACUGCAGUAUGGGAGACUUUGACAACUGCGGCUGUGAUGACUCCAGGAUUAGACAGACAGGUGGUGUAGGAUGGAUUUGGGGAGGCUGCAGUGAUAACGUGGCGUUUGGAGAGAAAAUCUCCAAACAGUUUGUGGACGCGCUGGAGGGCGGGCACGAUUCACGCGCAGCAGUCAACCGACACAACAACGAGGCAGGCAGACUGGCUAUCAAAGCGACCAUGAGGAGAGCCUGUAAGUGCCACGGGGUGUCCGGGAGCUGCAGCAUCCAAACCUGCUGGAUGCAGCUGGCCGAUUUCAGAGAGGUGGGCAAGUACCUGAAGAUGAAGCACGAACAGGCCAAGAAGCUGGAGAACAGCGCGGACAACCGGGGUGCCAUCGAGCAGGCCUUCCGGAGCAUCGCCCGCACGGAGCUCAUCUACCUGGAGGACUCCCCGGACUACUGCGUGAAGAACCGGAGCCGAGGGCAUCCGGGCACCGAGGGCCGGGAGUGUCUGAAGAGCAACAAGAACAUCUCGCAGUGGGAGAGGCAGAGCUGCCGCAGGCUGUGCUAUGAAUGCGGCCUCCGGGUGCUGGAGAAACGCAUCGAGGUCGUCAGCAGCUGCAACUGCAAAUUCCACUGGUGCUGCACGGUGAGGUGCGACAAAUGCACGCAAGUCGUUACCAAAUAUUACUGUGCACGCAAAGAAGGGGGAAAACCUCAUAAUAAGACGAAGCGCAGGCACCGUGCGCGCCGGCACUGA